CCAGUAACAGCAACAAAGCACCACGCGCACAUACAUACAAACACGCACAGCUCAACAAGGCAGAGGAACCACCACAACCUACUGAGAGAACAGCGAGAGCGUCCACUCUUGACAGAUCAGACCUGGACGGCAUAAUAAUGGGCAUAGAAGUGACAGAUAUCUGCAUGGACAAGGAGCCUGAUUGUGUUGUUUAUUCAAAUGGUGUUUCUGAGGAUUCUAGUCAUGAAACUGCACCUAAUCAUGACGGUAUGUUAGAAUCAUACGAGCAUAUUGAUGGAGAUCCUGAACUCCCAAGUUCAGAAGAGAGCGCUGAAAUUAAGAAAUACGAGGUGAAGGAAUGUACAACUGAAACUUCAUUAGAUCAUGAUGGUAAAUCUAACGAGGAGAAAAAUGCAUUAAGCUCAAGCAUUGAGGUUGGCUUAAACGAAGAGAUAGUAAAAUCAGAAUCCCUGAAAACAAAUAACGAUCGUAAGUCAGGCUCAGUAUUGAAGCAUGCACCAAAAUCUGCUGCUGGAAUUGUUCGAACUAAAAACACUGUUCCACAGCCAUUUGCCCUUGCAACUGAGAAGCGUGCUUCAAAUGGUUCUCGCCUUUCUGUGCCUGCUUCUAAUGCCAGCACUGGUGUGAUUAAGUCAUCUAAUGCAAAAGCAACAAAGCAGCAUCAGCCAACUUUGGUAUCCAGGAAGCCGUUGCAACCAAAUAACAAGAAGAUACCUGAUGAGGAUGAUUCUUGCUCUGUUGCAUCAUCAACCGCAGCAUCUAUGAGAACUAUGAAGUCCAGGUCUGUUGUUGCAUCUGCUCCAAUACUUAGAUGCACUGAACGUGUUGAGAAACGGAAGCAGUUUUAUUCCAAAUUAGAGCAGAAACACCAAGCACUGGAGGCUGUGAGAACCCAGAAUGAAGUGAGGAUCAAGGAAGAGACAGAAGAGGCUAUCAAGCAGCUGAGAAAGAGCUUAAAGUUCACAGCCACCCCAAUGCCAAGUUUCUACCUUGAAGGACCACCGCCUAAGGUUGAGCUGAAAAAGCCACCACCAACUCGUGCAAAAUCACCAAAACUGGGACGGAGAAAGAGCUGCAGUGAUGCAGUGAAUUCUUCUCAUGGAAAGAUGGUGAAAGGCAAUUCUCACCAUGGGAAUCGUCAAAGUCUGGGAAGUUUCAAAGUAGAAACAAUUGUCGCUGUUCCCAUAAACGGAAAUGAAAAGCAAUGUGUCCAAAAUGGUCAUGCCAUUCCCAAAUUCAAGGAUGAGCCCAAGAAAGUGGAAGAGGUAAAUAAGUCAAUCCUGCCUGAGAUACAUGAACUGAGUAACAGAGACGUUACUGUCCAGUCUUGAGAUUGUGCAAAGUUUCUUAAUUUAACAGAGAGGAAAGACCCUUAUAUUCCGUGCUUUUUUUUUUCUGCGACUGUUCUGAAAUUAUUUAUUUUCUCGCUUUUAAGUUGCAAGGACGUGUUGCAAUGUUUGUGUAAUUUAUCAACUGUAAAUUUUCUGUAAGUUAUAUAAAUUAUAUGUAUACAGAACACCCCUCUUUUCUAUAAAUAUGCUAUUUAUCUGAGAA